AGUUUUAGUCACUAUGAAAGAAAAACAUUUGGAUGGUGUGCUUUUGUUGUUAUGUUAAUUGUUGUGUUUAGCAGUUGCAUGGUUUUCAAGAAUCAUUUGUAUCCUCAAUCAGUUAAUGGUGAUGCCAUGAAUUUACAAUUAUCUAUCAAGGCUAGUGCUGAAGAUAUGUUUGUGAUCAAGGAUACAACAUUUCUCAAUAAAUUAGAAACAGAGAAAAAGGAUGCAGAGCCAAUGUGUAAUGUGUUAGAACCAUUGUCUGAUUACUGUGAGACCAAAGGGGACAUAAGGGUCCAAGGAAAUUCAUCGACAAUUUUCGUCGUUUCAUCUCAUGAUUUCAACGUUUCUGCUGAGAACAAUUCAUGGAUCAUACAACCAUAUCCAAGAAAAGGUAAUGCAGGGGCAAUGUCAAGUGUUAAAUCAUGGACAGUAAAAUUAGUACAAAACGGCGAAAAAAUCCCAAAAUGCAGUGUAUAUCAUGGCUAUCCAGCAGUUUUAUUUUCACUUGGAGGAUAUUCAGGAAAUCAUUUUCAUGAUUUCUCAGAUUUACUCGUCCCAAUCUUUUCAAAUUCGCGUUAUUUUAAUUCAGAGGUGCACUUUCUUGCCACGGAUUAUAAGUCAUGGUGGAUAGGUAAGUACAGGACGUUGCUCAACAACAUGUCUAAGAACAAAAUUCUUGACAUUGACAAUGAAAACGAGGUACAGUGUUUUCCUAGUGUGACAACAGGCCUUAAAUCACAUAAAGAAUUCGGUAUUGACUCCUCAAAGUUCCCAAAUAGGGUGUCUAUGCGCGAUUUCAGACAGUUCUUGAGGAGCUCAUUGUCACUAAACAGAGUUGAGUCUAUCAAAAUAAAUGAUGAUAUUGUUACGAGGCCACGAUUGUUGAUCAUGUCAAGGAAGAAAUCGCGAAUUUUAUUAAAUGAGGACGAUGUUAGACAAAUGGCUGAAGACAUUGGGUACGAGGUUGUCCUGGCUGAGGCUAACCUUAGUACAAAUUUGACGAAAUUCGCGCAAAUUGUUAAUUCUUGUGAUGUGAUAAUGGGAGUUCAUGGAGCUGGAUUAACCAACAUGGUUUUUCUCCCUAAUAAUGCAGUUUUAAUUCAGUUAGUUCCUUUAGGAACAAUGGAUUAUUUGGCUAAACGUGAUUUUGGAGAUCCUGCUGGAGAAAUGAACAUAAAAUACUUAGAUUAUAAAAUUGGUGUGAAUGAGAGUUCUUUAGUGGAACAAUAUCCACUUAAUCAUAAAGUGUUUAAAGAUCCAUCAUCAUUUUUUAGGAAAGGAUGGGGUGUAUUUAGAGCAAUUUAUUUAGAUAAACAGAAUGUAAAAGUUGAUCUUUAUAAGUUUAGGUCUACUUUGUUAGAAGCUAAAAGGCUUUUAGCCACUUCUUGA